CAGCCAUAACUUGAAAAUUCCACUUUCUACAAUGACCUCUUUUAAAUGCACCACUCUUUUAAAUGUAGUUAAUUGUUCUAUAUUAUACUGGAAUUUACUGCUUUUUUGUCUUCGGUAAAGUAGACAUGCAAAAGAUAUUUAUCAUGUAUGUUAAAUGUUUACAGUGCUUUGAGGGGGUGUAUCACAAUGGAAAACCUGAGUGACACAACAACACAUCGGCCUUUUCUGCACAGACAAACAGUAUAUUUCCAAUUCAAUGCAAGGAAACCAGAACAUAUACAAUCUACCUGUAAAAAAUAAUACAAACAUCCUAUUUUAUAGCCCUCUUUAUUGGACAUCAAUAUAGGUAUUAGUCAGUAUAUGCAUUUCAAGAAUGCAUUUCAUUGCAAGUGACUUGGGAUAUAUUCAAGGUGAUGGUAUACAUUUUAUUUCUGUGUGUUAGUAGGAUGUAUUCACAACCUUAAUGUAGGUAUUGAGCAGUAUUACUGCUUAGACUAAAAUGUCUACGGAUUGUUUACACAUCCAGUUCAAUUCACAUUAUUUUUGCAUUAAACUACUAACAAACAUGUCAAGGCAUAUGACAAUCAAACAUUUUAUGAUACAGGAAGCAGAUGUAUAGAUGUACCCUAUUAUUGAUGCUUAGGUCCUGCACACACACACAGAGAUCUCAUUGUCUACUCUGGUUCAAUCAGGUGCGGGCACACUUUUAUUCCGUUAAAAAAUAACUAUUCCGUAAAGUCAUUUAUUGUCGUUGAUAUACUUUAUUUAAGAAGGGGAACAAUAUACGGAUAGCAAUAUUCUCUGUCAGAUGUGUUCUCCAAUGCUAAUGAGAGAUUUAGAUCAAAUAAAAAAACUACACUUUGUGAUACAUAGUUUUUUUUUACAUCUUCUCAGUACAUUUCGGUGAAGGUUUUUACUUAUUAAUACAGAAAAUCGUCCGGUUUCAUUCUCCCUGCUUAAACAAAGUGGGCAAACGAGCUCUCUUGUGGUUAAAUGAAGCAACUGCACUCCAAAAUCUGUACUGAGGAAAUCGGAAAGGAAAUUACUUUAAUACGGUAACUCUCUUUUCUUCAAUAAAUGUUGCCGCAAAUGUUUAAAGUGUUAUCAGUAUUAUUCUUAAUCUUAAGAGAAUCUGCAAAUAUUGAUUUUGAUAAACAAACGCGCAAGUGAAUCUGUGGUGAAUCUGAAGAGACAUGCCAGUUCACGCGCCUGCAGUGCUCUAAUAAAAAAGCAAAUAAUAAGAAGAAAACUCUUUCAAAGACUUACCACACGUCAAUUACGUUACUUUCAUUUGCUUAUCAUAAAAUAGUUUAAAAAUGUGUUGGUCUGUUUAGCACAAUGGGCUAAAAUAUGUGUAACGUUAGGCCUAUAUUUCAGCCAAUAAGGUGUAAAAUCGCUAUCAUGUUAAAGUUAAACUAAAUAUAGUUAAAAUACACUUAAAAAUGAUCAAAUGAAAUAUAAACCAACUGUUUUCAUUGAAAUGAUGUUUUGCGAAACAGCGCCGUGACGACAUAAUGGCGUCAGCGUCAGUAACGUAGAUAAAUCUUGUGUGAGACCUUCGUUCGGCGUUUGACUGCUGCGAUCAAUCCUCGCUCUUCACUUACACUUAGCGGUUGGAUUUGCUGUCACUCCUUCAUUCGAACAUGGACAGGAUGCAGACACUGCCAUCCCUCGUUGUCAGAGGUCAAAGGCUUCUUGGCAGAUCUUCGGGACCUUCUCUUCUACCGGAGAUUCGACCGAAGUCACAAUCUUUUACUUGCUUUCUGACAAACAUUGUGCAGAAUGAGUUGGCUUCAGGUGGAAGACCUCCAGAGCGUAGAGGGCCCAGACCUUCAAAUUUAACCGUCCUGCCAAAGGGAAAUAUGGAAGACUCUUCUUGUAAGUCUGCUACGACUAACAAGUCCUCCGUUCCAUCCUUACCACGGCUGCCUGGUCUCGUGGGUCAACCGGUGAGGGUGAACAAACAUACAUAUCUGAGACCUAAGAAUGUGUGUUACACGCCAAGGAAUACCCCUGCUUUGGAACCAACUUGCAUUCCUAUGAAGCUCGUCGCUCGCCCGAAGAAAAUGGGAAAUGGUGUUGUGGGAGAUAACCUCAACUUAUUUCAUCGCAGCGGCAACAUGAGCCGACGUGACGAUGCAGGUCUGAAGAGGCCGCCACACAGAAUCCCGCCGUUGGUCAGAAUAAUGGAGAGCCGGGCACCCGCACCUGUUGAAGCCUUUCCAUCCACAAAAACUUUGUACGUGUCCUAAUUUUUCAAGGACGUCUUCGUUCAAGAAAAAAGUUCACCGUGCAUAACAAAAACAUGUUGUGCAAAAGAAAAAAAGUUUUGUGCAGAAGAAAAAGAUUUUGUGCAGAAGAAAAAGUGUUUGAGCAGAAGAAAAAGAUUUUGUGCAGAAGAAAAAGUGUUUGAGCAGAAGAAAAAGAUUUUGUGCAGAAGAAAAAGUGUUUGAGCAGAAGAAAACAAAUCUUCAUCUUCAAGAAGGACCUUCUGAGGAGACACUGUGCAUCACAAAAAAAAACUUUGUGCGAAAAAAUAAAAGCAUACAGACAGAUCAAGACUUUGUGUUCACGUGUGGCUUGUUUUAUAAAAAACAUCGUGGCACAAGUAAAAUAUAAUAUUUGUCUUGUUAUUAAAGGAAGGACUGGUGCUUUAUACAAUGUUGGCGUCUUGCUUCUACACACGCUAAUCUCGGCCACUGUCACAUCGGUUGCCACGGUAACUCUUCCGGUUCAGCUGUAACUCAUGACAGGUUUCAGCUGUUAGCUGACAGUUCAGGAAUGUCAUCAGCAGAAGUGAGGUGAAGUGAUGACAGGAGAUACAGAAAUACCAGAAGAGGGACGUUUAUUUGCAUUUGGUCAUAAUAACAAAGGUCAGCUUGGUCUAAAAACCAAAGGACCAGUUACUAAACCCACCUGUGUAAAAGUUCUUAAAGCAGAGAGAAUUCAGUUUGUUGCCUGUGGGACAGAUCACACAUUUGUAAGCAACUCACAAUGGGAGAUUUUUGCGGCUGGAGGAAACAGCGAUGGACAGUUGGGACUGGGUCACUGUAAUGACAGCAUUACUUUUCAGCGUCUCCACCCCUUCUGUGAUUAUGCUCCAAUCAAAAUGCUUUCUGCUGAGGAUGGAAGGCUGUUUCUGUGGGGUGAUAAUUCUGUUGGUCAGCUUGUUUUGGGGAAUGAGAGUCAUGUCUUAUUGCCUAAAGAGCUGAAAUUGGGACAACCCCUUCGUUGGGUCUCAUGUGGAUACAGACUUACAGCUCUGGUCACAGAUAAUGGGGAUGUUUUCACUUUUGGAGAGAGUGCCGAUGGAAGGCUUGUGAUAAUUCUGUUGGUCAGCUUGGUUUGGGGAAUGAGAGUCAUGUCUUAUUGCCUAAAGAGCUGA